CGUCGCCCCUGUCGCCGCCUCGGGCCGCCAGCAUGUGGGGCGCCGCGGACGAGAGCUCCGUGCGGGUGGCCGUCAGGAUAAGGCCACAGCUUGCCAAAGAAAAGAUUGAAGGAUGCCAUAUUUGUACAUCAGUCACACCAGGAGAGCCUCAGGUCUUCCUUGGAAAAGAUAAAGCUUUUACUUUUGAUUAUGUGUUUGAUAUUGACUCCCAGCAAGCGCAGAUCUACACCCAGUGUAUUGAAAAACUAAUUGAAGGUUGUUUUGAAGGAUACAAUGCUACAGUCUUUGCUUAUGGACAAACUGGAGCUGGAAAAACAUACACAAUGGGAACAGGAUUUGAUGUUAACAUCAUUGAGGAAGAACAGGGUAUUAUUUCUCGGGCUGUUAAGCAUCUUUUCAAGAGUAUUGAAGAAAAAAAAAACACAGCAAUUAAAAAUGGCCUUCCUCCUCCAGAUUUUAAAGUCAAUGCCCAAUUCUUGGAGCUUUAUAAUGAAGAGGUCCUUGACUUAUUUGAUACCACUCGGGAUAUUGAUGCAAAAAAUAAAAAAUCAAAUAUAAGAAUUCAUGAAGAUUCAACUGGAGGAAUUUAUACUGUGGGAGUCACAACACGCACUGUGAAUACAGAACUAGAGAUGAUGCAGUGUCUAAAGUUGGGGGCUUUGUCUCGCACCACUGCCAGUACCCAGAUGAAUGUGCAGAGCUCUCGCUCACAUGCUAUUUUUACCAUCCAUGUGUGUCAAACCAGAGUGUGUCCUCAAACAGAUUCUGAAAAUGUGACAGAUAAUAAGAUGAUGUCUGAUUCAUCCCAAAUGAGUGAAUAUGAAACCCUGACUGCAAAGUUCCAUUUUGUUGAUCUGGCAGGAUCAGAAAGAUUGAAAAGAACUGGAGCUACUGGAGAGAGGGCAAAAGAAGGCAUUUCUAUCAACUGUGGACUUUUGGCCCUUGGGAAUGUAAUAAGUGCAUUGGGUGACAAGAGCAAGAGAGCCACACAUGUCCCCUAUAGAGAUUCUAAGCUGACAAGACUCCUACAAGAUUCCCUUGGGGGUAAUAGCCAAACAAUCAUGAUAGCAUGUGUCAGCCCUUCAGACAGAGAUUUCAUGGAGACAUUAAACACUCUGAAAUAUGCCAAUCGAGCUAGAAAUAUCAAGAACAAGGUGAUGGUCAAUCAAGACCGAGCCAGUCAGCAAAUCAAUGCUCUCCGCAGUGAGAUCACACGACUUCAGAUGGAGCUGAUGGAGUACAAAACAGGUAAAAGAAUAAUUGAUGAGGAGGGUGUGGAAAGCAUCAAUGACAUGUUUCAUGAGAAUGCUAUGCUACAGACUGAAAAUAAUAACCUGCGUGUAAGAAUCAAAGCUAUGCAGGAGACUGUGGAUGCACUGAGGGCCAGAGUCACACAGCUUGUGAGUGAUCAGGCCAACCAAGUUCUCACCAGAGCAGGUGAAGGGAAUGAAGAAAUUAGUAAUAUGAUUCAUAGUUAUAUCAAAGAAAUCGAAGAUCUCAGGGCAAAAUUAUUAGAAAGUGAAGCAGUGAAUGAGAACCUUAGAAAAAACCUAACAAGAGCCACAGCAAGAUCUCCAUAUUUCAGUGGACCAUCAGCUUUCUCUCCCGCUUUCCUGUCUUCAGACAAAGAAACCAUUGAAAUCAUAGAUCUAGCAAAGAAAGACUUAGAGAAGCUGAAAAGGAAAGAAAAAAAGAAGAAGAAAAGGCUACAGAAACUUGAGGAAAGCAAUCGAGAAGAAAGAAGUGUUGCUAGUAAAGAAGAUAAUGCAGAUACAGACCAAGAAAAGAAAGAAGAAAAGGGUGUUUCAGAAAGAGAAAACAAUGAGUUAGAACUGGAAGAGAGUCAAGAAACGAGUGAUCGUGAGGAUGAAGAGGAAGAGGAUGACGAGGAGGAGGAAGAGGAGGAUGACAUUGAAGGUGGUGAAAGCACUGAUGAAUCAGAUUCAGAAUCAGAUGAAAAAGUAGCCAAUUAUCAAGCUGACUUAGCAAACAUCACUUGUGAAAUUGCAAUUAAGCAAAAGCUGAUUGACGAACUGGAAAACAGUCAGAAGAGACUGCAGACCCUUAAGAAGCAGUACGAGGAGAAAUUGAUGAUGUUGCAACACAAGAUCCGAGACACUCAGCUGGAAAGAGACCAGGUGCUCCAAAACCUAGGAUCAGUGGAAUCCUACUCAGAAGAAAAGGCAAAAAAAGUUAAGUCUGAAUAUGAAAAGAAACUUCAAGCCAUGAAUAAGGAAUUGCAGAGACUUCAGACAGCUCAGAAAGAGCAUGCAAGGUUGCUGAAAAAUCAGUCCCAGUAUGAAAAGCAAUUGAAAAAAUUGCAGCAGGAUGUAAUGGAAAUGAAAAAAACAAAGGUUCGCCUAAUGAAACAAAUGAAAGAAGAACAAGAGAAAGCCAGACUGACAGAGUCUAGAAGAAACAGAGAAAUCGCACAGUUGAAAAAGGAUCAACGUAAAAGAGAUCAUCAACUUAGACUUCUGGAAGCCCAAAAGAGAAAUCAAGAAGUGGUUCUUCGUCGUAAAACGGAAGAGGUCACGGCUCUUCGUCGGCAAGUUAGGCCCAUGUCUGAUAAAGUGGCUGGGAAAGUCAUUCGGAAGCUGAGCUCAUCUGAUGUCCCUAUUCAGGAUACAAGCUCUAGUGCUGCUUCAGUAGAAACAGAUGCACCCAGGGCAGGCAUCCAGCAGAAGAUGAAAAUUCCUGUGGCGAGAGUCCAGGCCUUGCCAACACCCACUACAAAUGGAGCCAGAAAAAAAUAUCAGAGGAAAGAAUUGACUGGCCGGGUGUUUACUUCCAAGACAGCCCGCAUGAAGUGGCAGCUGCUGGAGCGCCGGGUCACAGAUAUCAUCAUGCAGAAAAUGACCAUUUCCAACAUGGAAGCUGACAUGAACAGACUCCUCAGGCAACGGGAAGAACUAACGAAAAGACGAGAGAAACUUUCAAAAAGAAGAGAGAAGAUAGUCAAGGAGAGUGGUGAGGUAGAUAAAAAUGUUGUUAGCAUCAGUGAGGAGAUGGAGUCAGUCACUGCUAACAUAGAUUACAUCAACGACAGCAUUUCUGACUGUCAAGCCAACAUCAUGCAGAUGGAAGAAGCAAAGGAAGAAGGUGAGACAUUGGAUGUUACUGCAGUAAUUAAUGCCUGUACACUUACAGAAGCCCGGUACCUGUUAGAUCACUUCCUGUCAAUGGGUAUCAAUAAGGGUCUUCAGGCUGCCCAGAAAGAGGCUCAAAUUAAAGUACUUGAAGGUCGACUGAAGCAAACUGAAAUAACCAGUGCUACACAAAACCAGCUCUUGUUUCACAUGUUGAAGGAGAAAGCAGAACUGAACCCGGAGCUCGAUGCUUUACUGGGCCAUGCUUUACAAGAUCUAGAUAGCGUUCCACUAGAAAAUGUAGAGGACAGUACUGAUGAGGAAGCACCCUUACAAAGUCCAGGAUCAGAAGGAAGCACACUGUCUUCAGACCUUAUGAAGCUUUGUGGUGAAGUAAAACCUAAGAAUAAGGCCCGGAGGAGAACCACCACUCAGAUGGAAUUGCUGUACGCAGCAGAUAGCAGUGAGCUAGCUUCAGACACUGGUGCAGGAGAUGCCUCCUUGCCUGGCGCUCUGACUCCUGUUGCAGAAGGCAAAGAGCUUGGAAUGAAUACAGAGACAAGUGGUACUUCUGCUAGGGAGAAAGAGCUUCCUCCCCCACCUGGCUUACCUUCUAAGAUAGGCAGCAUUUCCAGGCAGUCAUCUUUACCAGAAAAAAAAGUACCAGAGGCAUCUCCUGUAACAAGGAGAAAGGCAUAUGAGAAAGCAGAAAAGUCAAAGGCCAAGGAGCAGAAACACUCAGAUUCUGGAACUUCAGAAGCUAGUCUCUCACCUCCUCCUUCCCCACCAAGCCGGCCCCGUAAUGAGCUGAAUGUCUUUAGCCGUCUUACUGUUUCUCAGGGAAACACAUCCAUUCAGCAGGAUAAGUCUGAUGAAAGUGACUCCUCUCUGUCGGAGGUACACAGGGGCAUAAUCAACCCAUUUCCUGUUUCCAGAGGAGUCAGAGCUUCUCCCCUGCAAUGUGUGCACAUAGCUGAAGGGCAUGCAAAAGCUGUGCUCUGUGUGGACUGUACUGAUGAUCUCCUCUUCACUGGAUCAAAAGAUCGUACAUGUAAAGUAUGGAAUCUAGUGACUGGCCAGGAGAUAAUGUCAUUAGGGGUUCAUCCUAACAAUGUUGUAUCUGUAAAAUACUGUAAUUACACAAGUUUGGUCUUUACUGUGUCAACAUCUUAUAUUAAGGUGUGGGAUAUCAGAGAUUCAGCAAAGUGCAUUCGAACACUGACGUCUUCAGGCCAAGUUACUCUUGGAGACGCUUGCUCUUCUAGUAGCAGUCGGACAGUAGCCACUCCUUCUGGAGAGAAUCAAAUCAACCAAAUUGCACUAAACCCAACCGGUACUUUCCUCUAUGCUGCCUCUGGAAAUGCUGUCAGAAUGUGGGAUCUUAAAAGGUUUCAGUCUACAGGAAAGUUGACUGGACACCUGGGCCCUGUUAUGUGCCUAACUGUAGACCAGAUUUCCAAUGGACAAGAUCUAAUUAUUACUGGCUCUAAGGAUCACUACAUCAAAAUGUUUGAUGUAAGUGAAGGGGCUCUUGGAACUGUGAGUCCCACCCACAAUUUUGAGCCCCCCCAUUAUGAUGGCAUAGAAUCACUAACCAUUCAAGGAGAUAAUCUAUUUAGUGGAUCCAGAGACAAUGGAAUCAAAAAAUGGGACUUAGCUCAAAAAGACCUCCUUCAGCAAGUCCCAAAUGCACAUAAGGACUGGGUCUGUGCCCUGGGCUUGGUACCAGGGCAUCCGGUUUUACUCAGCGGUUGCAGAGGAGGCAUUUUGAAACUCUGGAACAUGGAUACUUUUGUGCCAGUUGGAGAGAUGAAGGGUCAUGACAGUCCUAUCAACGCCAUAUGUACAAAUUCCACUCAUAUUUUCACUGCAGCUGAUGAUCGAACUGUAAGAAUUUGGAAGGCUCGCAACUUGCAAGAUGGUCAGAUCUCUGACAUGAGUGAUCUUGGAGAAGAUAUUGCCAGUAAUUUAACAUGAAUGAAAUUAAGUCAUAAACUGAAUACUGUGAUUAUGCUCUAUGUUCCUUAUUUAAAAUGUUGUCCUGGAAUUAUUAUUAAUGGGAUUAACUGGAAAUUAUAUCUCAAUCCAUCUGCUGAAUAUAAAUGUAAUAAAAGUGUGUGCUUAAUUUCAAUAUCAAUCCAUAUGAUUCCUGCAAUUGAUAUAAUGCCUGAAUUGCACUUAUAUUGUGUCUGGAUUUUUUUUUUUUUUUGGCCUAGCUAUAAAUAGACACCUUCAAAUUAUUUGAGUUACCAUUAUCUACUUUUGUGCAGUUGGAAUAUAUGCUCAGAAUAUAAUACUUGUUAACUCAUUCAUACAGUGCGUUCAAAUGACGUACAUAGUUAAAUGUAUCAGUACCAUUAGUCAAAUUGUGGUCCACUAGUCACAGAUUCCUAUCAGUAUAUAGAGAAUAGAGGGUUUCAAAUUUCAAAGUUCUUUUAGUAUAAUGGAAACAAUAAAAUAUGGAGGAUGUUAAUUGAUUUCUCAUAAUUGACCUUAAUCUGUUAACAAAGGAUGUUUUAAUGUUUUGUGUUAAAUGUUGGCAUUUUACUGUAUUGACAAAAAAAAAUGCCUUUGUGUGCUUCCUUCUGUGCUCAGGACUUAAUGCUGAUGAAUUGUUUUUAUUAGUGCUGGGCUUAAUGUUCUGUGAUGUUGUAACAGAAAGAUAUGUUGAUCUAUUUUCCUAUGGAGUUAACUUCUAUUAUCACCUUUUAAUUUCUUUUUUAAUAGUAGUUUCCUUCUUUAUCUAAUUUUUAUAUGCUGCUAAAUAUAUUUUAAAUAUACUGUGUUUGCACAGCUUGGUAACUAUGAUAAGGACUAUUAUUAUUUGUGGUGGGAAAAACUGUAAAUAGGUAGAUUGUAAUGAGAGACUAUCUUGCAUUGUGCCUGUAUGAAUUUUUAAAUGAUUUUGAAGGAUGUAUAAUUUAUCUCUCUGCUCAGAAUAUUAAUUUGUAAAUUCUGUCACUUAAUUUUUUGUAGAUGUUAUAACAUUUGAAAAUAUUGUCUUAUGUGAUUUUUUUCAGUGAAAGUAUUUGCUUGUAAAUGAAAGCUCAGCUAGUGCUUAAAUAAAUGUGUUGCUAUAAA